AUGGAGCUAUACAUCCUGAAUAGAGGAACAGAACCUACCUUCCUGGACUCUAGAAGACAGGAAGUGAUAGAUAUAACCAUACGCUCUGGCGGAAUAUUGGAUCUGUUGAGGGGAUGGAGGGUCUCUGAUGAGCCCUCAGAAUCAGACCACAGGCAGGUCCGUUUCACCAUGGAGCAAGUACAGAGCCAAGGGUUAUGGAUGAGAAAUCCUAGAAAAACAAAUUGGAGAGGGUACGAGGAAGACCUUAAGAGUCGACUCAAGGAAGCACCCACUAGAUUCUACACCAAAGAAAAUUUGGAAACAGCGGGCGACUACUUGAAUGAUGCCAUUAAAUACUUAUACGAGAUGAACUGCCCAUUAGAGUCAAAGAAUCCUUCAGCCAAAGCACCAUGGUGGAGCAAAGAGCUGGCUAAGCUAAAGGCUGAGGGGAGAAGACUCUUUAAUAGGGCUAGAAAUGUAAAUACACCGAGAUCCUGGGAGGAGUACAGGAAAUCUCAGAGAAUUUACAAAAAGGCCAUAGUAAAAGCUAAAAGGAAAGGAUGGAGAAGUUUUUGCUCAAGUAUAGAGAGUGCUCCUGAAGCAUCUAGACUGAGUAGAAUACUCUGCAAGGAAAACCAAACACAAUGGGGCUGCCUUAAGCUUCCCAAUGGAGAGUACACAGAAACUGCGGAGGAGAUCCUACGGCACCUUAUGGAAAUCUAUUUCCCAGGCUUUAGGGAGGACUUAGCAGACAACAACAACAGGCAGAGACCCAUGACCGUGCACAAAUCAAGGGCAUGGGGACUGGCAGCUAAAGUGGUCUAUCCACAAGCAGUGGAAUGGGCGGUCGGUUCCUUUGAGCCUUUAAAGGCUCCAGGACCUGAUGGAAUAUACCCGAUCCUGCUGCAGAAAGGGCUGAGCAGCUUGUUAGGCCCAAUGACAAAAUCUACAGGGCAAGUAUUGCCCUUAGACAUGUCCCCCAGAAGUGGAGAGAAACCAAGGUGGUUUUUAUACCUAAACCUGGCAAGAACGGUCACAUCAGGCACUUCACACGAGGUGGUAGGGGAGGCACUGAUCAGACAUGGAGUACAAGAACCACUGGUGGACUGGAUAGAAGACAUGCUAGUGGGACAGAUGCUUGACGGUGGAGUGCCAAGAUAUUUCCAUCAGAGGAAAACCAACGAGAGGCUGCCCACAGGGGGGAGUUUGAUCUCCUCUGUUGUGGUGCUAGUGAUAGACGACCUGCUAAAGAGCUACAGAGGCAGGUUCUCGACCUUUGGCUAUGCUGAUGACGUGGCCAUUGUGGGUAGAGGACCAUUUCUCAACACACUAAGGGACCAAGCAAAGGAUACCUAA